AUGCAAGAACAUUUACUAAAUGAAGGUAUAACAGAAAGAAUUCACAGAAAUACUGGUCAUGUACCUAUAGUAAAAAGCAAAGUAUUUCUUGAUUCUAGUAUUACAUUUCCUGUUAAACAUUUUUUAGAACAAUAUGGAGCUAUUAAUGGAUUACCAUCUCCAAUGAGACACAAAAACGAAUCCGAACCAUUUAUUUAUUUGCCUACUGGAAACACUUAUGUUUCUGUUUAUAACAAAUUUAAAAAACAUUUUUAUAGUGAAAAUAAUCAAGACGAAAAAAUUAUUUCUUAUUUUACUUUUAGAAAACUUUGGCAGGAAACAAUACCUUAUCUUAAAUUUCAAUUACCCACAAGUGAUCUCUGUGAGGUCUGUGAAACUUUUAAGGCAAAAUUAUUAGUAGCGAAGUCUAAUAAAGAUGAAUAUGAUCAAAUUAAA